CUCCUUUUCAAAAAUUUCAUUUCACUUUAUUUCGUUCGCAUGUACGCACGUUGGCCGCGGAGCAACAUCUCCCCGAAACAAACCCGAAACAAAAAAAAAAACAACAAAUAAAUAACACAGCAACAACGCGGCAGCAGCCGUCGCACAGACGCGGAACUUGGCUCGAACUUUAGUUUAGUUUCAGAUUCAGUUUCAGUUUCAGUUUCUGUUUCAGUUUCAGUGGAGUGGCCAAUGGCCCAGUGGCCAAAGUGCGGCGGUAUCGGGCGAAACGGUUAACGCUAACGGUUGACGGUUGACGGUUUACGGUUAACGGUUUACGGUUUAUGGCUUACGGGUGACACCACCUAACGGUUAAGCACGGGCUGAAACCUUUUUUUUUACUGUUCUCAAAGUUGAUGUGGUAUUAAAAAAAACAUCUCGAUAUAUGUAAAGUAUAUAGGCAAGAAUCGAAAGCCAAGAGUGUCUCAUUUCGAGGAUCAGAAGAAAGAGGAGCAGCGACAUCAAUCGAUUCAACCGAUUCAUUAUGUUUAUAUAUUUUUUUGGAGUGACUUAAGUUUUGGCAAUGGACGCAGACUUCUUCUUCUAAUCAAACGUUGGCGUGUCAGAGCUUCAAGCUUCAAGCUUUAAAAUAAAUAUAAGAAGAAGAAGAAAAAGAAGAAGAAGAAGUUGAUGGACAAAUGGACAAAUGGUUGUUGUGAUCGGAAGUGUCUUCUGAAAUGUGUUCGAAAAUCGGUGUUUGCCCCGCCAAGAUGGCCCCGCACUCUCUCGUCCUCCUCUGCCUGCCCACCUAGAAUCCGCCCAGAUGAAUGCCCAGCAGCCGCUGGUCCUCGAGCCCAAGGCGAGUGUGGUUGCCUCUGGCGCUGCCUCCGCGGACCCGGAGGCGGCAUGCAACACGGAAGCGGCGUCGGCGGCGGCGGCAGCUGGAGCUCUGGAUGUGGCGGCGGCCUCCCAGCUGAACGGCGGCCACGAGGAGCAGCGGGUCAAUGGCAACCACGGCUGCCGGCGAAACGACCGCGAGGAUCAUCCGGAGCAGGACGACCCCGAGCAGCUUAAGGAGGUGGCCAACAAGCUGACCAUCAUCAAGACGCCGCUGAACAAGACGCUGCUCAAGAAGUGCACCAGCAACGGCAGCCUGCAACUGCCGCACAGCAACAAUGGCAACAGCAACAACAACAGUAAUAACAGCAGCAACAACAGCAGCAACAGCAGCAGCAGCCGGAACAACAAUAGCAACGAUGUGGAAGGCGCCUGUGAUUCCGGUUUGCAAAGCGGAAGUAGCAAUGAACAAGAACCGUUUGCGAACGAUCGGCACCACCACAUCUACCACCACCACCACCACCACUACCACCACCACCUUGGCGGCGGCGGCAGCGGUGGCGAGAAGAACGAGGCGAGCGGGGAUGUGGCGUCCUCGUCCUGCGCGGAUGUGGCGCUGGUCAAGGAGGAGCCCGCCGCGCGGGAUCACGACAAUCACCUGGAAUCGGGGGCAGAUGCAGCAGCAGCAGGAGCCGAGUGUGCAACCGGAGGAGCUACGCCUUCGACGGGAGCAACAGGAGCAGCGGGAGCAACCACAACGUGCAGCCCCAGCAAGUGCAACAAGUGCAAUGCGCACAACAACAACAGCAACUGCAAUAAUAACAAUAACAACAAUACCAUCAGCAACAACAACAACAACAACAGCAAUACAAGCAUCAAUACCAUCAACAACAACAACAACAAUAACAAUAACCAUUACAACAAUUACAAUAACUAUUAUAAGAAAAAGUCUCGUAUGCCGCCCAUUUGCCGAAUUAUGACACUGAGCCGUGGCCCGUACAGCGAGCUCGAUAAAAUGAGCCUUUUUCAAGACCUCAAACUCAAACGGCGCAAAAUCGAUUCGCGAUGCAGCAGUGACGGCGAGUCCAUCGCGGACACGUCCACCUCGUCGCCGGACCUGCUGGCGCCCAUGUCGCCGAAGCUCUGCGACAGCGGCUCCUCGGCGGGCUCCUCCCUGCCCCUGCCCCUCCCCCUGCCCCUGCCGCUGCCCAUGGCGCUGCCCCUGCCACUCGGCCUGCCGCUCCCGAUGGCGCUGCCCCUGGCGGCGGCGUCCUCCUCGGCGGCGGCGGUCACCGUCUCGCUGGCGGCGGUCGUGGCGGCGGUGGCCGAGAGGGGCACUGGCGGCACUGCGGUGACCUCGGUGGCCUCGGGAGCGGGACCCUGCGUCUCCACAUCCUCGACGACGGCGGCGGCGGCCACCUCGUCGACGCCCUCGCUCUCCUCCUCCUCCGGCUCAUCUGCCUCCUCGGCGUCGUCCUCCUCCUCGCUGUCCUCCUCCAGCAACGCGGCCACCUCGCCCAGCGCCGGAGCCUCCUCCACGGCCACCUGUCCCGCCAGCACCACCACCAGUGGAAACGGAAACGGAGGAGGAGCAGGAAGUGCCGGCAAGGGAGGAAGCAUCAAACAAGAGCAGACGGAGAUUCACUCCUCGAGCAGCGCGAUCUCGGCGGCCGCCGCCUCAACGGUGAUGUCCCCGCCGCCAGCGGAGCCUCCGCGCUCCAGUCCAUCCACGCCCGACGUUCCCGGCGGCGGAGGAGCGCCAGCGGGAGUGGGAUCAGCGGGAGCGGGAUCGGGAUCAUCAGGAGCAAACGCAAUCAGUGAACACCAAAACAACGGCAACGGAAGCGGGAACGGAAGUGGCAACGGAAGUGGCAACGGAAGUGGCAACGGAAGUGGCAGCGGCAGCGGAAGCGGAGGAAGCAGCCGCGCCUCGCCCGACUCGCUGGAGGAGAAGCCCUCGACCACGACGACGACGGGUGCCCGGAGCACGGGAGCCACCACCACGACCACGCCCACGGCCACGCCCACGAACGGAGUGCUGUCCUCCGGAGGAGCGAUGAGCAGCGGGGCCAAGCUGAGCGAGGCGGGCAUGAGCGUGAUCCGCUCCGUGAAGGAGGAGCGGCUGCUCAGCGUGUCCAGCAAGAUGCUGGCCUUCCACCAGCAGCGCGAGCAGGAGACCAAAGCAGCGGCGGCAGCGGCAGCAGCGGCGGCAGCAGCAGCAGCGGGACAUGUGACAGUGCUGGUGACGCCGUCGCGGAUCAAGUCGGAGCCUCCGCCGCCCGCCUCGCCCUCCUCCACGUCCAGCAACCAGAGAGAUCGGGAUCGGGAUCGGGAAAGGGAGCGGGAAAGAGACAGGGAUCGAGAUCGGGAUAGAGAUAGAGAUGCGGAGCGGGAGAGGGAGCAGUCGAUCAGCUCCUCCCAACAGCACCUCAGCCGCGUCUCCGCCAGCCCGCCCGCCCAGCUCUCGAGCUCCCACGGCGGCGGAAUGGGCACCACCAUCGUCCAGACGCACCACCUCCACCAGCAACUCACGCAGCCACUCACCCUGCGCAAGAGCAGCCCGCCCACGGAGCACCUGCUCAGCCAGUCCAUGCAGCACCUCACGCAGCAGCAGCAGCUGCACAUCCACCACCUGCUCGGCCAGCAGCAGCAGCAGCAACAGCAGCAACAGCAGCAACAACAGCAACAGCAGCAGCAGCAGCAGCAACACUCGCCGCACUCGCUGGUGCGCGUGAAGAAGGAGCCGAGCGUGGGUCAGCGGCACCUCUCGCCGCACCACCAGCAGCAGCAGCAGCAGUCGGCGCACCUGCAGCACCACCACCAGCAGCAGCAGCAGCAGCAGCAGCACCUCCACCAGCAGCACCAACAGCAGCAGCAACACCUGCAGCAGCAGCAGCAGCAACCGCAGGCACUCGCGCUCAUGCACCCCGCCUCGCUGGCGCUGAGGAACAGCAACCGGGACGCGGCCAUCCUGUUCCGCGUGAAGAGCGAGGUGCACCAGCAGGUGGCCGCGGGGCUGCCCCACCUGAUGCAGUCCGCCGGCGGGGCGGCGGCGGCGGCGGCGGCAGCGGUGGCCGCCCAGCGGAUGGUCUGCUUCAGCAACGCGCGCAUCAACGGAGUGAAGCCGGAGGUGAUCGGCGGCCCGCUGGGCAACCUGCGGCCCGUAGGCGUCGGCGUGGGUGCCGGGAAUGGGGGCGGGGCCGGUGGAGGAGUCGGAUCCGUGCAGUGCCCCUCGCCGCACCCCUCCUCCUCGUCCUCCUCCUCGCAGCUGUCGCCGCAGACGCCCUCGCAGACGCCGCCCCGCGGCACGCCCACCGUCAUCAUGGGCGAGAGCUGCGGGGUGCGCACCAUGGUCUGGGGCUACGAGCCCCCGCCGCCCUCGGUGGGCCAGCACCCGCAGCAGCAGCAGCAGCAGCAGCAACAGCCGCAGCAGCAGCAGCAGUCGCCGCACCACCAGUCGCAGCAGCAGCAGCAGCAGCAGCAGCAGCAGCAGCAACAGCAGCAGCAGCAGCAGCAACACUGCCUGUCGUCGCCCUCCGCGGGAUCGCUGACUCCCUCCUCCUCCGGCGGCGGGUCGACCCAGGGAGCGGUGGCGCCGCAGAACAACGAGGAGGCCGCCCAGCUGCUGCUCUCCUUGGGGCAGACGCGCAUCCAGGACAUGCGCGCCCGGCCACACCCCUUCCGCACCCCGCACGCCCUCAACAUGGAGCGGCUCUGGGCGGGCGACUACUCGCAACUGCCGCCGGGGCAGCUGCAGGCGCUCAACCUCAGCGCGCAGCAGCAGCAGUGGGGCAGCGGCGGCGCGACGGGCGGACUGGGACUGGGCGGGGUCGGAGGACGCGGAUUGGAGGCGCCGCACGAGCCGACCGACGAGGACGAGCAGCCGCUGGUGUGCAUGAUCUGCGAGGACAAGGCCACCGGGCUGCACUACGGCAUCAUCACGUGCGAGGGAUGCAAGGGCUUCUUCAAGCGGACGGUGCAGAACCGACGCGUCUACACCUGCGUGGCGGACGGCACCUGCGAGAUAACCAAAGCACAGCGCAACCGUUGUCAGUAUUGUCGAUUUAAGAAGUGCAUCGAGCAGGGCAUGGUGCUGCAAGCCGUUCGCGAGGAUCGCAUGCCCGGCGGUCGCAACAGCGGCGCCGUCUACAACUUGUACAAGGUGAAGUACAAGAAGCACAAGAAGACCAACCAGAAGCAGCAGCAGCAGCAGCAGCAACAGCAGCAGCAGCAGCAACACCAGCAACAGCAGCAGCAGCAGCAGGCCCAACAGCAACACCAGCAGCAGCUGCACUCGCCGCUGCACCACCACCACCACCAGAGCCACCAGGGCCACCAGCCGCUGCACGGCCAGCAGCACCUUCACCCGCAGCUGUCGCCGCACCACCUGCUCUCGCCGCAGCAGCAGCAACUGGCCGCCGCAGUGGCGGUGGCCGCGCAGCAGCAGCACCAGCAGCAGCAGCAGCAGCAGCAAGCGAAGCUGAUGGACAUGAAGCCCAUGUUCCUGGGGCCCGUCCUCAAGCCGGAGCUCCUGCAGGCGCCGCCGAUGCACAGUCCGGCGCAGCAGCAGCAGCAGCAACAGCAGCAGCAAUCGUCGCCGCACCUCGCACUCAGCUCCCCGCACCAGCAGCAGCAGCAGCAACAGCAGCAACAGCAGCAGCAGCACCAGAACCACCAGCAGCCAGGAGGAGGAGGAGGAGGCGGAUGGGCGGGGGCGGCACAGCUGCCGCCGCACUUGGUGAACGGGACGAUCCUGAAGACGGCGCUGACCAACCCGAGCGAGAUCGUGCACCUGCGCCACCGCCUGGACUCGGCGGUGAGCUCCUCGAAGGACCGGCAGAUCUCGUACGAGCACGCGCUGGCGAUGAUCCAGACGCUGAUCGACUGCGACGCCAUGGAGGACAUCGCGACGCUGCCGCACUUCAGCGAGUUCCUGGAGGACAAGUCCGAGAUCAGCGAGAAGCUGUGCAACAUCGGCGACUCGAUCGUGCACAAACUGGUCUCGUGGACGAAGAAGCUGCCCUUCUACCUGGAGAUCCCCGUCGAGAUCCACACCAAGCUGCUCACGGACAAGUGGCACGAGAUCCUCAUCCUGACCACGGCCGCCUACCAGGCGCUCCACGGCAAGCGGCGCUCCGAAGGGCAGCAGGUGGCCAGCAGGCACGGCUCGCCGGCGGCCACGCCCACUCCCGUGGGAACGGGCGGCAUGGGGAUCGGGAUCGGAUCGGGAUCGGGAUCGCCGGCGCAGCCGCUGCACAAGGACGACCCGGAGUUCGUGAGCGAGGUGAACUCGCACCUGAGCACCCUGCAGACCUGCCUCACCACGCUGAUGGGCCAGCCCAUUGCGAUGGAGCAGCUGAAGCUGGACGUCGGCCACAUGGUGGACAAGAUGACCCAGAUCACGAUCAUGUUCCGGCGCAUCAAGCUCAAGAUGGAGGAGUACGUCUGCCUGAAGGUCUACAUACUGCUGAACAAAGCAGAAGUGGAACUGGAGAGCAUCCAGGAGCGGUACGUCCAGGUGCUGCGCUCCUACCUGCAGAACUCCUCGCCGCAGAAUCCGCAGGCGCGGCUCAGCGAGCUCCUCUCGCACAUCCCGGAGAUCCAGGCCGCGGCGAGUCUGCUGCUUGAGAGCAAGAUGUUCUAUGUGCCCUUCGUGCUCAACUCGGCGAGCAUAAGGUAGCAGAUGCUUGAGCACGGCCUGCUGCCCACCGCCCACCACCACCAGCCGGAGACGCCGCCAGGUUCCGAUACCGCCUCCGCCUCCGCCCCCGCUCCCGCUUCCGCUCCCGUUCCCGCUGCCACCCAGCAGCAGCAGCUGCAGCAGGAGCGCCGCCGGAGCAGGCAGCUGCAGCACCAGUUGCUGCGCGACCUGCCCAAGAUCAAGCUCGAGAUCGGGCUGCAGCGCAGGCCGGAGGAGGAGCAGCAUCCGCAUCCGCACCCGCACCCGCAGCUAGAAGGAGGCCCAGAGGCAAAGGAGGAGCAGUCGCUGGAGCAGGAGCAGGAGCAGGCGGAGCGAUCCUCGUCCAUUCUGAAGAGUUCCCUGCUGAGCGGAGCGGCGGCCACUCUGGCCACCUUGACGGCGGCCGCCGAGCAGAUAGCCCGCUCCUCUUCCAGCGGCGACACGGCCAGGGACUACAGCAGCGGCGGCGGCAGCAGCAGCAGCAACAGCAGCAGCAGUAACAGCAGCAACACCAACAACAACAACAGCUGCAGCAACAGCAACACUGGCAGGACAGCAAGAGGAGGCAGUUCGGCCGGCGGCAGGAUGGGCAGCAGCAACAGUUUAGAAGAGAGCAAAAGACUUGAGCAUCAACAACAACAACAACAGCAGCAACCAUAUACAUCAAUACUACACACGGCCUUAAUGUCACAGCGAUCGAUGCCUGCGGCGGCGACACUAGUGGCAGCGGCAGCAUCAGCAGCAACAGCAACAUCUGCAGCCGCAACAGCAGCAGCAACAGCAACAGCGACAGCAACACAGGCGGCAACCACGUCGCCCACGCCUGCGCAUGUGCUGAAAACAGCGGUGACCUUGGCCACCCUAAGCGAGAUCGCAACUGCCCGCCAGCAGCAGCAGCAGCAGCAGCAGCAACAGCAGCAGCAGUUGCAGGCGUUGCAGCAGCAACAGCAACAGAAACUGCCCAGGAGGAUAAUUAACUUUGGCACUGCCACCAAGCAACUGGGAGCGGGACUGGGAGUGGGAGCGGGAGCGGGAGGAGGACCAGGAGCUGGACCAGCAGCAGGAGCUACCACUGCAAGUGCAACUGCAACAGCAGCAGCAACUGCAGCAACAACAGCAACGCUUGGACGCAAUCGCCAGCUGGGUCCGAAUCCGGGUCAAGUGGCGAACGCAGCCAGGACGGUGCGUCUGCUCAACGGCAACUGUUGCGGCCGCUUGCAGGCGACAGCAGCAACAGAGAUCGCCGGGGGCAGCAACAACAGCAGCAACAGCAACAACAGCAGCAACAACAGCAGCAACACGGUCAACACACAGACACAGACCGACGAGGAGUUGCUGGCAGUGCUAGCCAGAGCCAUGCCCCCCCAGCAAGGAGCUGCUUUGCCAUCAGCCACAUCAUCACCAUCACCAAGCACAAGUUCAUUAGCAACACGAGCAGCAGUUGCAGCAGCAAUGCAGCAGCAGCAGCAGCAACAGCAACAAAGGACUGCCGUGUCGGCGACGCCAGCGACUGGAGGAGCGAUGAUAACGACGACGACGACACAAUCACAAUCACAAGCGACAUUAGCACCACAACAACAGCAACAACCACUGCCACAACAGUUAAAUACGAAAAGAACAACCACAGCAACAACAAUAACAACAACACACAACAGCAACACCAACUUCAACUUCAACUUCAACAGCAACAAUAACUAUAUGAAUAUGAACAAUAAUAUUUACGAUGCCACUGCCAGAGCGACUGCCUCUGCCACUGCCACUGCCUCUGACUCCGCCUCCGCUCCUGCCACAGCGGCAACAGCAGCAGCAGCAGCAACAGCAGCAGCAGCAGCAGGAGGAGCAGGAGCAACAACCACAGCCACGUCCACUGCCACGCCCCCGAGCCAGCGACCGCCCCCGCGCACACCCACAGCCACCUCAGCUUCUGUUACUGUAGUUGUGUUCAAAACAAUGUUACCUGAUGACUGAAUUAUUUUAGAAUCGUACACGUAGAGCAUGUUUUAUUAUGAUUACCACUAUGAUUACCACUUACAAUUUACGAUUUACGAUUACGAUUACGAUUAUGAUUACAAUAACGAGUACGAGUGCGAGUGCGAGUACGAGUACGAGUACGAGUACGGGUACGGGAACGAGUACGAGUACGAGUACGAGAACGAGUAUGAGUAGGCGUAUGUCUGGAUAUCAUUACCUAUUAACUAUUCAUUAGUUACGGCUUAUCGAUUAUUACUAUUAUAACUAUUACUAUUGCUACAUGCAUAAUGUAGAGCCUAA